GAUAUUAUAUGUUUUAAAAUAGAGGCUGCCGGCUUAAUGGAUAUUCUCCCUUAUCUACCAAUCUGGGGAAUUUGCAACUACUCAGACUCUUACAAGAAUAAGGAAUGGCAGAGAUAUACUGCAGCUGCUGCGGCAUUAUAUACAAGGGAAUUACUA